AUGUGUUCAUCUGCUACUGUUUAUCGGCAAAAGCCAUCUUUAGAUGCCAAGUCUCCGCUCUAUCUCCAGAUCCUCGGUGCGGCCCGAAAAUACGCCCUGUAUACCAAGAAGGAGACUCUGGGAGGUCCCAAGCUAGCUGAGGAUCCUUCAGCAUCAUCAUGGCUAGAUGAAGCUUUGGGGGUAGUGAGGCCCUCUGCGUCGAGAUUAAAGGCUCGAAAGCGUGUAUGA